CGUCGGAGGAGUCAGGAGCACUGAUCGGGCGCUCCUUCCUCUCUCCUCCCCCUUUAGACCCCGUCGAGCACUCCAUCUCUCGCUCCUUUCCUCCCUCUCUCUCUCUCUCUCUUUCUUAAAUUGGCACCGUCUCUGGGCUCGAACCAUGAUAACAGAACAGGCUUAUUGCGCUCCGCGUUGUAGGGCUCUCCUCCUCAACCCCGAUCACUUUAAACUGAAAUAAGAAGACGUUUAGAGGAGAGAGGGGGGGGGAGAAGAGAGAGAGAGAGAGAGAAAAAAGAGAGGAUCGCACCGUAUCCUGUCAGCGGGUGUUCAGGAGGAGUAGCAAGACACUAUAUUUCUGCCACACACACCCUUCUAUGUUCUGUGUGCUCCUGCGCAUCGCAGAUCCCAGAAAGUGUUCCUGUCGUGUUGAACUAAAGGAAAAGUUAACAUGUAUCUGCACGCUUUGGUACGCGCAAGCCUUGGAUUUGUGGGUUUCCUUUUGGUCGCCUUUGUCCAACAGUCAGCUUCAGGAAGUAAAACCCCUCAAGAUGUGGACGAAUGUGCAGAGGCUCUAGACAACUGCAGCAUCGAUGCCAUCUGUCAGAACACCCCAAAGUCUUACAAAUGCAUUUGCAAGUCUGGCUACAAAGGUGAUGGCAAACACUGUGAAGAUGUCGAUGAGUGCGCGACUGAGUACAACGGAGGGUGUGUCCAUGAGUGCAUCAAUAUCCCAGGAAAUUACAGGUGCACAUGCUACGACGGUUUCCGUUUGGCCCAUGAUGGGCACAACUGUCUCGACGUGGACGAGUGCUCGGAAGGCAACGGUGGGUGCCAGCAGAUUUGUGUCAACAUGAUGGGCAGCUACGAGUGCCGCUGCAGAGAAGGCUUCCUCCUGAGUGACAACCAGCAUACAUGCAUCCAGCGGCCUAAAGUGCAACCAGAAGGCACAAAGGAGGGGCCCACCUGCAUGGACAAGAACCACGGCUGUGCGCACAUCUGCAGGGAAGCGCAGAAGGGUGGCAUCUCCUGUGAGUGCCGACCUGGAUUCCAGCUCACCCGGAACAUGAAGGACUGCAAACUGACGUGCAACUACGGCAAUGGAGGCUGCCAACACAUCUGCGAAGAGACGGACCAUGGCCCCAAAUGUUCCUGCCACAUGAAGUUUGUCCUCCACAGCGAUGGAAAGACUUGUGUAGGGGAGAGGAGUGUCCAGUCCCAGGCAGCCCCACAGCUGUUCCCUAAUGAGACCUGUGCCGUGAACAACGGCGGCUGCGACAGCACAUGUCACGACUCGGUGACAGGAGUUCGCUGCAGCUGCCCUGUCGGCUUCACUCUCCAGCCGGACCGCAAGACCUGCAAAGACAUUGACGAGUGCCGUCUGAACAACGGGGGGUGUGACCACGUGUGCCGAAACACCGUGGGCAGCUUCGAGUGCAGCUGCAAGAAAGGCUACAAGUUGCUAACCAACGAGAGGACAUGUCAAGAUAUUGAUGAAUGCUCUUUCGACCGUGCCUGCGACCACUUCUGUGUCAACUCCGCUGGCAGCUUCCAGUGUCUCUGUAAUAAAGGCUACGUCCUGUACGGCCUGGCCCACUGUGGAGAUAUUGAUGAGUGCAGCAUCAAUCGUGGAGGCUGUAAAUACGGCUGCAUCAACACUCUGGGGAGCUAUGAGUGUACCUGUCCGUCUGGAUACAAGCUUCACUGGAACAAGAAGGAUUGCAUUGAGCUGGUGAAAUGUCCUCCUGGACUUGUGGCACCGAAGGCCACCCUGACCUGCAGCAGGACGGGCAAAAAGGAGAGCUGUUCUCUUACCUGUGCUUCCAAGGCCUACUAUCUGGCAGGGACAAAUAACAGCUACUCAGUCAGCUGCGGCAUCCCGAUUCUCACGGGCAAGCCCCCUGCAAGGAUCAAUUCCAGCAUCAUUCAAGGCUGCGUAGAGACUUUGGCGCCUCCAGUGAAACAGAAGGCUUCUUUCAAGAUUAAAAAUGCCAAAUGUCACCUGCAUCCAAAGCUGACGGGCAAGACCGAGGACAGGGGACGGACACUGGGACCAGGAGGGGGGCAGCCUUGCAGCAACUGCCAGGUAACAUUUGUUAACCUUACAUGUGACUCCUCCAAGAAAGCUAAAGGGCGACACGCUCGCAAUCCCUCUAACAAAGGAGUAACGCGCAUCACUUUGGAGCUGGAAGCCGAAGUCAAACCUGGAGACACGACAGGAAGCUGCAACCUCAGCUGUUUGCGGCAGCGCAUGGAGAAGCAGGUGAAAACGUACAUCAAGGCUCUGAAGAAGUCCAUUAACCAAGAGCGCUUUCUGAUCCGGGUUGCUGGUUUGGAGUAUGAAGUGGCUCAAAAGCUUCCUCAGGCUGCACCCAUUCAGGACCACUGUGCCCCAGGCUGGGAGCGGGUCAGUGGCAGAUGUGUUAUGUGCCUGCCAGGGUCCUACUACCACGGGGGACAGGAGCGCUGUGUCCAGUGUCCACCCGGGACUUUCCAGGAGAAAGAGGGCCAGCUGGCCUGUGACCUCUGCCCUGGUAGCGAUGGACAUGGAGCUGUGGGAGCACGAAACAUCUCCUCUUGUGCAGGCCAGUGCCCGACUGGUUACUUCUCCAGCGAUGGCUUCAAACCCUGCCAGCCGUGUCCUCAGGGCACCUACCAGCCAGAUCUGGGAAGGACACUUUGUUUCCCCUGCGGUGGAGGCCUGAGCACGAAGCGGGAAGGUGCCAGCUCCUUUCAUGACUGCGAAGUCAAAGUCCAGUGUUCUCCAGGUCAUUACUACAACACCACCGUCCACCGCUGCAUUCGCUGCCCAGUGGGGACCUAUCAGACAGAGUUCAGGCAGAAUUACUGCAUCACCUGUCCAGGAAACACCACCACUGACUUUGAUGGGGCCACAAGCGUCUCGCAGUGCAAAAACAGGCAAUGUGGUGGUGAGAUGGGCGAGCUAAUGGGUUACAUUGAGUCACCUAACUAUCCUGGUAACUACCCUGCUAACGUGGAGUGUAUUUGGAAUAUCAACCCACCAAGCAAGCGCAAGAUCCUGAUCGUGGUGCCGGAGAUCUUCCUGCCCUCGGAGGAUGAGUGCGGCGAUGUUCUGGUCAUGAGGAAGAACUGGUCAGCGACAUCAAUCACCACCUACGAGACCUGUCAGACGUACGAGCGGCCCAUCGCCUUCACAGCUCGCUCCAGACGUCUGUGGAUAAACUUCAAGUCUAAUGAGGCCAACAGCGCCAGAGGUUUCCAGAUUCCUUAUGUUACCUAUGAUGAGGACUAUGAGCAGCUUGUAGAAGACAUUGUGCGAGAUGGGAGACUCUACGCCUCGGAAAACCACCAAGAAAUCCUGAAGGAUAAAAAACUGAUUAAGACUCUUUUCGAUGUGCUGGCCAACCCAAACCACUACUUUAAGUACACCACUCGGGAGUCCAACGAGAUGCUUCCACGCUCCUUCAUCCGUCUCAUAAGCAGCAAAGUGUCAGCGUUCCUGCGGCCAUACAAGUAAAAGCCUGCAGCUGCAGAGAAGAGGUACCGGAUUGCAACACCCACCCGACCGGCCCACGCCUUCUCCCUACUCCUCUCCCGACAUUCCCUGCCAAACGUUUAGGCCACAACUCUUCCAGGACUUCUUAACACAAAACCCUACGAGACACUUCACUCAGCAGACCUGAGAAAUGCCCGACAUGUCGUAACCCCCGUUUGCCCUUUAGGUUUAUUCUGUCUGUCUACCAGGUCUGUAUUCCUGCGCUCUAGCAUUUAGUGGGAAUGUUGAGUAUGCGAGUGGUUUCUGUUGUGUUGUGCAACGGAACCACGUAUAAGGAAGAAGAAAGAAAAAAACAAAACAAAGCUUAUUUCAGACAGUAGGAGUGUUGUUUUGUGUGUGCGGUUUGAGCCUGAUAGAGCUUGUUAUUGUGUUUGCUCCAGUUCCUUACCAUUAAGUGUGACUGUCUGUGUUGUGUAAAAGUGUUGUGCAACUCUGGUGCCAUCGUUGGUGUCUGAGCGCUGUCCUCCAGGAGGAGCGGUCGCUUGAAUCCUGAGUUUUCCAGCUCCUUUGAAGCCCGGCUGUGUUUUUGAGCUCUUAGAGCCUUUUCCAACUGUUAAAACAGUUCAACCGUGUUUUGCUCCGUCUGUUUAGACUGUUACCCGUGUUUCCCAACCUCCGGGUUAUUCCUUCUGGUCGUUUUUUUGUUGUUGUUGUUGUUGUUCCAAACCAACUACAAAGCAAACACGAAAGUGUGGUUUGUCAUUCCACAGAACCCAGCGGACAUUCGGGAGAUAAAUGAUCGUGAGAGGUGGGAUGAUGUGAUGUCUGGUGGAAACAUGUUUCAGAGAGUGAGAGUAAUGUCUCUGUGGGACAUUAUGUUUGCUGCUUCUUUUUAAAAAGGUCACUUUAAUUCUUCAGUCUCAUUGUCUUUCUCAUGUACUCUUCAUACUAAUAUUCUGUAGGGUUUAAAAAAAAAAGGGAAGCUCAGAAUCCAUAAUAGCUCUGUUUCUUUUACAAACAUUAAGUUGAUAAUCUCUCAUUACUCGUCUGUGGAUUUACGAAUUAUUUUUGUUUUUGGUCUUGUAAAUAGUGAGAUUAAUCUAGACGAGGGUUGAACUCUUUAAUCCUGAUUUUUUAGGUCCAGCACACUUCUUCCCAGAUCCAGUCGCUUCUCCGCCCCUGAGGUCUUGCUAGUCUCAAAUCCAAAGACACUCAACACCCCCAACUCGGUCUGUGUCCUGUCCCAAUGAAGACAGCUCAUCCAAAGACCGCUCAGAUCGGGCAGCUCGAGUAGUUUCCUGCUCUAGAUUUGGAACCAACCGUCCCUUCUGUUUUUUUUUUUUUUUUUUUUUUAAAGUGCAAUGAAAAAAGAAAAAAAAAAUGGUUCCGCUCAGUUGCGACCCACACGGAAAUUUGAAAAAUGUGUUUUGGGCUGUGGUCUUGUUGAGACUAUUAAUCAUCUAUUAAUACUAUUAUCAUCAAUUCAUCAUAGGCAGAAAUUAUUUAGGCGUAAAUGAAAGAAA